GUGAGAUUAGUAGGUGGCCAGGAUAGAUUCUUCUCUCUGAAGACGCAUCGAGAAAGUUAUUGACCAGCGGGGCAACGGAGUCGCUUGCUUUGAUACGGCCAGUCAUCUGCACUCGCACAGUUCAUCUUUGUAUUUUAUCACCUGAUUCAUCUCGAUGAGUGAAAAUAGUUUAGCGAAAGAAACUCAUGAAUCUGGAGGAGAAAGUCUAGAAAUUGGAGCUGAAAGUCUAGAAUUUUAUUCUCAGGAAAAUGUUAGGGAAAGUAGUCGAAUUAGGGAUUCAACGGAUAGGAUCAGUGCAUUACCUGAUUGCUUACUUGUUCACAUCAUAUCUUUUCUGGGUUUGAAGAAAGCUGCUGCUACAAGUAUUUUGGCCAAAAGAUGGCAGUUUCUUUGGGCUGAAUUGCCGAGCCUUGAAUUUCGAAUCUAUGAGCCGGGUACAGGUAAGCUAACUAAGACUAAAACUGACUUUGUGGCUUGGGUUAAUAGCAUCAUCGCUACUCGUCGUGGAAAUUAUCUUGAGAAGUUGAAGGUUGCUUUCGAGUACGAGGAUUGCUUUGCUCCGGAUGUUGAUAACUGGCUGGAGUUUGCCAUAAAAAAUAAGGUGAAAGAAGUCUCUUUGUAUUUUUGCUUAAGCAGAGAUUUCUACACUCUUCGUGAAAUGAUGUAUUAUAAUUUAUCGUUUACAUCAUUGUAUUUGGAUGCUUGCAUUUUGGAUCCUAAAAGAACAAUCGAGUGGCCGUCUUUGACUGAAUUACGUAUAUCAAGAGUGAAUUUGCCUCAGUCUGUAGUGGAAAAGAUAUUAUCAGGCUGUCCUGUUUUGAGUUCCUUGGAUCUGAGUAUGUGCCAUGGAUUCACUUGUUUGGAGACCAACUCUAAAAAUCUCUGUAAGGUGCGGGUGUUGGAAUCUGAAGAAGAAGAAGAAGGAAGUAAACCUUUCUUUCAAAUUUCAGCACCCAAUCUAAAAGAUUUAAAUCUUCAGUUGUCUCCUAUACGAAGACAGUUAAAGCUCAAAAACAUUCCAUCCCUUGUUAGUGCUAGUUUUUGUUAUUCCGAUCCAUGGGGGCAUUUAACCUCCGAGGAUGUGAGUAAUGCGAAGCAAGUUUUUGAAAAGAUUGAGCAUGUCAAGGAGCUUGCUUUGGGGCCUGGACCCAUUAAGGUGUGUAUGAUUCUUCUAGCUGCUUUGACAUUCUUGUGUUUUGAAAAUUAAAAUUCAAAUGAUCUUCCAGACGAGCUUUUAAGAAAUGUCUGUAUGGAAUUCAUCUAUGAAUGCGAUAGUUCAUUGGAUAUGUGGAUAUCUAUAUCUCCAAAUAAAGUAUUACCUCUGAAAUUUAAGGCUGCUCAUUGUUUUCAAAAGUAGACCCGAUUAUGAACCUCCUGUGUUGUCAUUCUUCUACAAACAUGGGGUUAUACUGAUAUUUCCUGCUUAGACUUAUGAGAGGAAAUACAUUUAAAUGAGGAAAACGGGUUCAGAAGACAACAUUAUGUAUAGCCAAGUAGCCAACAUCUUAUUGCAGCAAAAGACUUGACCCUACUCAACAUUUAAUGCAUGAAAGAUAGAUACUUAUGUAUAGCAGGAAAUAACAUUUAUGCACGAAAGGAUACUUUUUGUAUAUGGUAGUAAAAGACUUGCCCCUACCCAUAUUAAAAAAAUGCAUGUCAAUAAAGAUUAUGCAUGCAUGUAAAUUUUGAGAGAGUAAAUUUUUAUUAUCAAAGAAUUCAGUACCAUUAUGAGUGUGUCAUAGAUUUGUUACAUGUUUCCAAACAAGAGUUGCAAUAAACUAACUGGUUGUUGGUUUGACAGCAAUGUAGAAGUGACUUAGGGAGAAUAAAGUUUCAUGAGUUAUCUUAGUAUUUGUUCUCACAUCUCUUAAUAACUUCACAACCUGAGUGAUAGUCUUUGUUACUGUUAAGGUGAUGAUUUAAAGAGUUACAAUAUAAGUGUUAUUUAAAAUGUUAUUAAUCUGUCUACUAACAACAAAAAUCAUUUAUUUUAAUGCGAUAAGUUGAUCUUUUGCGUACUAAAUUGAAAUGUUGUGGAAAUAUUGGAAGAUAGCUAGUCAAACAUUGAUACGUGAGGAAUAGAUUAAUAUUCAAAUGUUAUUUUCGGUGUCAGCUAGAUACAUAAAUGGAGAUCUAUCUCAUCUUGUACUACCUCCAUCUUGUUUCGAGGUUCCCAUUAAAAUGUCACGCUUUUUAGGCAAUAAUUAUAUAAUGCAAGUUGAGUAUAAUUUGAAAAAGUGUUGGCGGGUAUAUAUUAUCAUAAGCUAAUUGAUGGUAAUGAUUUCGUUAUGGCCUUAUGGGUAUUGUUAAUCUUACUAUUGGAUGAUAAAAUUGCCAUUUAGAGAGUUAAUUAUUUCCUAAGAGGGAAAUAGGAUCCUUGAUUUGUGAUGUCCGCAGCCCGAAAGAGGCAAGUGAAAACUAUUUCUAUGUAUACAAUAAUUAAAACUAGGCUCUAGCUGGGCUGAUGCUUACUGGUUGGCGGUUUCCAAUAUAUACGCUAAGGUGGCUGAAAAUAAUAUUGUCAUGUGAUGAUUUUGCUUCCAUACCUGGCAUUUUGGGUCUGCUGGAAUCUUCUCCGGACAUUGAGACAUUGAUCAUAGCAUCUGAUCUCCCCUCUUUUUCGGACUACGUCUGGGCCCCUCCUGCAAAGGAUAUUUUGGUUUGCGACUUAUUGCAGUUGAAGACGAUCAAAUUGAUUAACUUGGCAGAUCAAUAUCGUAAUGGUGAACCAUUGCUCACGUUGGCCCAGAUCCUUCUUAAGAGGACACCGGUAUUGGAAGAGAUGGAAAUAUAUGUUUAUCAUUAUGACACAGAUUACUUUGACAAGAUAGAACAAAGCUUGCGCAGUUAUCCUAAAUCCUCACCAAAGGCUGUCAUCAAUAUAGUAGAUGAGUUCGAUUUCUCUACUUUGUAAACCAUUUAGUAUUCUCUUCUUGUCUUUUUUUCUAUUUUGCCGAACUUGCUACUGGUGGGAUGUUUUUUCUAUAUCGUAUUUAAAGCACUUUCAGUACUUGCGGUAGAAGAUUAUGAAUAGGCAGGGCAAAAAAAAACCUGUCUAACAAGGACCAUCUUU